AUGGCCAUCACGUGGCAGCCUCCUUCAAAUUACAGAAACAGACCUGUCGCAGUCUUGGGCGCUGGAGUUCUGGGGCGUAGAAUAGCUUGUAUUUGGGCAUCGGCAGGAUAUGAUGUGCGGAUGCGAGACCCCAGUGCACAGCAGCGAAGCGACGGCAUCGCCUACGUCGAAGAAAAUGUAGCCGCAUACGCUCAGAAGACUGGAAAGACGCCAGGCAAGACCCAGGCGUUCGAGAAUAUACCAGAAGCUGUUGCAAAUGCUUGGCUUGUCAUAGAAGCUGUUCCAGAAAAAAUUCAGCUGAAGAUUGAUACCUUUGCUGAGCUGGACGCUCUUACACCAGCGGACUGCAUCCUGGCCUCGAAUUCAUCCUCAUACAAGUCUUCUGAAAUGAUUGAGAAGGUCUCCGCUGCCAGGAAGACUCAAAUCUUGAAUAUGCAUUACUAUAUGCCUCCAAUGUGUAUGAUCGUGGAACUCAUGACGGACGGUUUCACAACGCAAGAUAUUUUCCCAUUCAUGGUUGAGCGGUCAAAGGAGGCCGCAACUUUGCCGUUUGUUGCGAGAAAAGAGUCAACCGGCUUCAUUUUUAACCGCCUUUGGGCCGCUAUUAAGCGCGAAACUUUGACUAUUUUAGCUGAAGGAGUUUCAGUUCCAGAGGAAAUCGACUCCCUAUGGACAGAAAUGUUCAUAAAUGGCGGCGCAACACCCUGCAAGUUGAUGGAUAGCGUCGGCCUUGAUACAGUAGCUUUUAUCGAAAGCCACUACGUUGCAGAGCGUGGAUUGUCUCCUGAGAAGACUGUCGACUUUUUGCAAAAGAAUUACUUGGACCACGGUAAACUGGGAGCUAAAUGCGCCAAAGGCGGUUUUUACCCUUCGUCAGAGGUCAAGCCCACCACCACCAAUGCCCACUUGAGCGAACCCAAAAUUGUUGUGUUGGAUGUCGGCCUGGCCGCUGAUGUGCUAGACAUAAGCUCAGGAGGCCAAAUCCUUCAAAUAGGCCAAGAUGGAAAGAUUCAAAAAGUUCUAGUCGACAAAACGUCAAUGCCCGAUGGCAUUUAUAUAGACCGUGAAAAUGGCCGUAUGUUCUGGACUUGUAUGGGUGUUAUGGGAGAUAAUGACGGCGCUGUCUACUCUGCAAACAUUGAUGGUACCGAUAUCCGUACCGUCGUUUCUCCUGGUUCUAUCAACACUCCCAAACAGCUGACUAUUGACCGUGAGUCGGAAAAAAUCUACUUCUCUGAUCGUGAGGGCCUCUCGGUUUUCCGAUGCAACUUCGAUGGUUCCGAUCUAGAACUCUUGAUCAAGACUGGAGACUCUGAGAAUCCAGAGGAUAAGGGGGACCAUACCAAGUGGUGCGUUGGUAUCGCUGUGGCUCCUAAACUGGGUAAAUUCUAUUGGACUCAGAAAGGACCCUCCAAGGGCAACAAAGGUCGCAUUUUCUCGGCCAAUAUAGCAACUCCCGCAGGUCAGUCUGCCCAAACAAGAGAUGAUAUUGUGUGUCUCUUGAACGGUCUUCCUGAGCCAAUUGACUUGGAGAUGGAUGAAGAGACGAAUACCCUCUAUUGGACUGAUCGUGGUGAAAUGCCCUUUGGAAAUUCCUUGAAUAAGGUCCAAUUGGAUGAAGCGGGACUUUUGGAGAAAUCUGUUUCUCCCAGGGGAUAUGAAAUCCUCACAAAACAUCUUAAGGAGGCAAUUGGCCUCAAACUAGACACCAAAAAUGGUCGCAUCUACAUUGCUGAUCUGGGCGGUAACAUUUACCAGUGCGAUUUCAAUGGUGGUAAUAAGAAGGUGAUUCAUUCUGAUGAAUACCGAGCCUUCACUGGCAUUGGUCUCUUGUAG